CUUCGAGCAUCACCGUUGGCAAUUCCUUUCGACUGACACCACAUCAGCAGUGAGCAUGUUUCCGCCUUCUCACCAAGGCUCCUUUCAGAAACUGGAGAAGCUGGGUCAAGGAACAUAUGCAACGGUAGGUUUACUAUUAACCUGAUCGUGUAGGUGAGAGGUACAGCCAGUGGUUUCUGACAUUACUUAAUGCCUGGGUUACAGGUUUACAAAGGACGCAACCGCGAGACGAACGAAUUAGUGGCCCUGAAAGAAAUCCAUCUCGAUGCCGAGGAGGGAGCUCCCUCGACAGCCAUCCGGGAGGUGUCCUUGCUGAAGCUUCUCACACAUGAGAAUAUCCUAACUUUGCAUGAUGUGGUGAAUACAGAGAACAAACUGGUGCUCGUGUUCGAGUAUAUGGACAAGGACCUCAAGGGCUAUAUUGACGCUCAGAACGGCCCGCUUGAUGCUGCUACGAUCAAGUCGUUCGUCUACCAACUGCUGAAUGGGGUUUCUUUCUGUCAUGAAAAUGGCAUCUUACAUCGGGACCUGAAGCCCGAGAACCUGUUGAUUAAUCAGAAUGGGCGGUUGAAGCUUGCAGAUUUUGGACUGGGUCGUGCUUUCGGCAUCCCCAUCAGCACGUUCUCGAUUGACGUGGUCACACUGUGGUAUCGACCCCCGGAUGUGCUGCUGGGAAGCCGCACCUACAGCACCAGCAUUGAUAUCUGGUCUGUCGGAUGCAUUAUGGCUGAGAUGUAUACGCGUACCCCCUUAUUCGCUGGAACGACAAACGAAGACCAACUUCUGAAAAUCUUCCAUAUCAUGGGCACACCAACCGAGCUCUCCUGGCCUGGCGUCAGUCAGUUGCCCGAAUACAGGAAUACUGUUCCGCCUUGCUCUCCACAGAGUCUGCAGAGCUUUAUACCGUCUAUAGAUCCUCUAGGCGUUGACCUGCUGGGACGCAUGUUGCAGUUGCCUCCGGAGGCGCGCAUCAGCGCCACGGAAGCUCUGCAGCAUCCCUGGUUCCAUGACCUUUCAUAGAGGAACAUGUCCU